CUCGGCGGCACCGCAGCGGGAGCGGGAUUUGGGCUGUGGUGGCUCCUCCGGUUGGGGUGGCGGUGGUGUUUUGGGCUGCAGGGCUCAGCCGAGCGGCCAGAAGUCUCCGAGCGCAGCGGUGGGCCCGGGCGGCAGCGCCCCGAGCGGCUGGCUCAGCAUGUCGGUCAGCGUCCACGAGAACCGCAAGUCGCGGAGCAGCACCGGCUCCAUGAACGUCACGCUCUUCCACAAGGCCUCACACCCCGACUGCGUGCUGGCACACCUCAACACGCUGCGCAAGCACCGCAUGUUCACCGACGUCACGCUCUGGGCGGGCGACCGCGCCUUCCCCUGCCACCGCGCGGUGCUGGCCGCCUCCAGCCGCUACUUCGAGGCCAUGUUCAGCCAUGGCCUGCGGGAGAGCCGGGACGACAUGGUCAACUUCCAGGACAACCUGCACCCUGAGGUGCUGGAGCUGCUGCUGGACUUCGCCUAUUCCUCGCGCAUCGCCAUCAACGAGGAGAACGCUGAGUCGCUCCUGGAAGCGGGCGACAUGCUGCAGUUCCACGACGUGCGCGACGCUGCCGCCGAGUUCCUGGAGAAAAACCUCAUCCCGUCCAACUGCCUGGGCAUGAUGCUGCUCUCGGACGCCCACCAGUGCCGCCGGCUCUACGAGUUCUCCUGGCGCAUGUGCCUGGUGCACUUUGAGGCCGUGCGGCAGAGCGAGGACUUUAACAGCCUGUCCAAGGACACGCUGCUGGACCUCGUCUCGAGCGACGAGCUGGAGACGGAGGACGAGCGGGUGGUCUUCGGGGCCAUCCUGCAGUGGGUGAAGCACGACCCCCAGCAGCGGAAGGCCCACCUGCCCGAGCUCCUGCGCAGCGUGCGCCUGGCGCUGCUGCCGUCCAACUGGCUGCAGGAGGCCGUCUCCAGCGAGGCCCUUUUGGCGGCAGAUGAGCGCACCAGGCUUAUCGUGGACGAGGCCCUCCACUGUAAGACCAGGAUCCUGCAGAACGACGGGGUGGUCCCCAGCCCCUGCGCCCGCCCGCGCAAGGCGGGCCACACGCUGCUCAUCCUGGGCGGUCAGACCUUCAUGUGCGACAAGAUCUACCAGGUGGACCACAAGGCCAAAGAGAUCAUCCCCAAGGCGGACCUGCCCAGCCCUCGGAAGGAGUUCAGCGCCUCGGCCAUCGGCUGCAAGGUCUACGUGACCGGGGGCAGGGGCUCCGAGAACGGGGUCUCCAAGGACGUGUGGGUGUACGACACGGUUCACGAGGAGUGGUCCAAGGCGGCACCCAUGCUGAUCGCCCGCUUUGGCCAUGGCUCUGCCGAGCUGGAAAACUGCCUCUACGUGGUGGGGGGACACACCUCCCUGGCAGGCGUCUUCCCGGCCUCACCUUCUGUCUCCCUGAAGCAAGUGGAGAAGUACGACCCUGGGGCCAACAAGUGGACGAUGGUGGCCCCGCUGAGGGACGGGGUCAGCAACGCAGCGGUGGUGAGUGCCAAGCUGAAGCUCUUUGUGUUCGGAGGGACCAGCAUCCACCGAGACAUGGUAUCCAAAGUGCAGUGCUACGACCCCUCGGAGAACCGCUGGACCAUCAAGGCUGAGUGUCCCCAGCCUUGGCGAUACACAGCCGCUGCAGUCCUGGGCAGCCAGAUCUUCAUCAUGGGAGGUGACACGGAAUUCACAGCUGCGUCAGCCUACCGCUUUGACUGCGAAACCAACCAGUGGACACGGAUUGGGGACAUGACAGCCAAACGCAUGUCCUGCCACGCCCUAGCUUCUGGCAACAAGCUCUAUGUGGUGGGGGGCUACUUUGGGACCCAAAGGUGUAAGACCCUGGACUGCUAUGACCCCACUUCGGACACGUGGAACUGCAUCACCACAGUGCCCUACUCACUCAUCCCCACGGCCUUUGUCAGCACCUGGAAGCACCUGCCUGCAUGAAGAGCAGCGCAGAGCCCGGCCAGACUCUGCAUGUUCCUCUCCUUUCCAUGGCUUCGGCCCUCACUGUCACAGAGUGGCCUUGGCCUAUUGCCACAAUGGAAGCUCAGUCAUCCCUGGGAGCAGCAGCUUCAGCUGUUCUGAGCUUCAGGCAAGAGAAGAGAAGCGUCUCCAGAGUCUCAUGUGCCCCCAGAGGCCUCUUGAGCUUUGCAGUGGUCUGCCAGAAGAGAGGACCUUCCAGAGGGGCAUGGGCUGCCACCAGCACUGCCUCCCUGGUCUUGGGGAGAAGGACCCAACUGCAGAGCCUUGAGGUCACCUGUGUCAGCACAACCUGGCCUGGGGCCUGCCAGCAGUGGCAGGAAGGGCUCCUGAGUGGGAGUGGCACUGGGUGGGAGCCUGUACUCCAGGACUGCCCUACUGUGAUGUCAUGCCGGAGAUGGUAUUCCAGGCUGUGGGGGUGAGCAGGGUUCACUGGGUCUGAAAGGAGAAAACCCAGGACAGAUUUUAUAAGGGGCAGAAACCCUGUGGGGUGACUACAGUGGCAUCCACUAGUCCUUAUUAGCAAAUAGGAGUGACCACAGUGACAUUCACAAGUCCUUACUAGUAAAUAGCACACAGAACCCUGAGAGUAAAGUGGGGAGCUCCUGUGGGCCCCUCUGCAAAGCUCCAGGUCCCAGCAUCGACCAGCACAAUGCAGACACAUCUCGUGCCUGUUCAAGUCCCAGGGUACCCUGGGGUUCACCUCACCACCCUAGAGGCAGUGACAACCCUUGUCCGAGACCACACUUGCCCUCAGACUGUGGCCUACCCUCCAAGAUGGAGUGGCCAUGACCUGGGGCCACAGAGGGACCCCAGAGCACCCCUGCAGGUCCCUCAGGGCUGCAGCCAUCUCUGCCUGGAGGACAGUGACAACACCCCAGCUGGCACUUGGCCUUCCAGCUGAGAACACAGAUCUGGCCCCUCUCUGUUCCCCGAGCUCAAAAAUAAAAGUGGUCUUGAGAACUGCCAGACAUUUGUUCAUUGCUGUCACUUCCCAAGCCACUAGGGUCCGUUGUCAGUAAAUCCCCAGCAUCUAGGUUGUGGGGGCGUCAGCUCCUGCCAGUGGCCACCCACACAUCCCUCACUCACCCCAAGCCUCUUAUGUGAGGGUGAGGUGGCUCUCAGGGACCUGAGGAGGGGCUGGGUGCCCAAACCUGUGGCUUCCCUGGUCACCGCCGUGUGUCCUUGCUGUUCGGCCAGCUCAGGAUUAGGGCUCCAGGGUGGGCUACGUUACAAAGCAGUUAUUUCAUCAGCCUUGAACGUCCUCAUACCGCAGCGCUGGCGCUGGUCCUGGGGACUUCUGUGGGAAGCGGGAUCUUUGGGCAGGGUUUUCCCAUGGAUGCCUCCAGCCUGGGAACACGUCCCAGGGAUCCUCAGAAUCCCUCAGAUCCCCAAAGGCUGGCCUUCCUUGCUAGCCGGAUUCAUCUCAGCACCCACCGUGCCCACCCCAGCCAACAGGGCUGGUGAAGAAGCCACAGGCCUGCCAGGCCCCUGCCCCAGGGCCGCCUCCUGGAGGUGAAGCACACUUGUCAAAGCACAAAGGACCUAGCUGUGGUGCUUUCCCCGAAAGUUGUGUUGCUUCUAUCAGUUUUCUAACUUAAUAAAAA